GCGGGCCUCGGGCUGCGCAAGGCUGGGCGGGAACCGCGGCGCGGCAGGCAAGGAGACGCCGAGAAGCGGGCGACAUGUUCCGGGGUCCGGAGAGCGAGGGCAGCCGGGCGAGCUCCAGGGCCAUGCAGCCCCCAGGAGGAGCAUCGAGCGAUCUUUUCGGAAGUCCAGAAGAAAGCGUGCCUUCAAACAGGCCCAACAGGAUGGCAUCGAAUAUUUUUGGACCAACUGAAGAACCUCAGAACAUGCCUAAGAGAUCCAACCCUCCAGGAGGCAAAGGAAGUGGUAUCUUUGACGAAUCAACGCCUGUGCACACUCGACAGCGUCUGAACCCACCUGGUGGGAAGACCAGUGACAUUUUUGGGUCCCCAGUGAGUGCCACUUUGCCCGUGGCACACCCAAACAAACCUAAGGACCACGUGCUCUUGUGUGAAGGAGAAGACCCCAAAUCGGACCUUAAAGCCACAGUGAGCACCGUGCCCAGAGAAGAGCCGGGUGAGAAAGGCGGCCUGAGGGAAGCGGAGCACGCGCAGGAGCCCCAGCCCACGCCCGGGGCUGACAGCCAUGAGCCCAGGUUGGGUCCACGGCCUCGAUCUCACAACAAAGUCCUGAACCCCCCUGGAGGCAAAUCCAGCAUCUCCUUCUACUAGAGAAGCUGUUGCCUCCCCUGUAGCCACACAAGAAACUUGAGAGAUAGGAUUUCAAAUACUAGAGUUUCUUUUAGCCCAAAGGAACACGGGGGGGUGGGGACAGGGUCUGUCGUGUGUCUGAAGCCCCUGCUCAGGCUCAGUGCCACCAUGGGAGCCGCAGAGGACCUCGCCUUCCAGACUGCUGGGAGACACAUCUUUGGGGAUAAAAUGUGACUCCCUGAUGAGUGCUCAUUUGUAAUUCUGGAUGUGAGAGGAACUCUACGAAGGCCAGGUGGGGAGCUGGUGCAAGGCCAUGGGGGGUCCUGAUCAAGUGGGGGGAUCUUCCACGUCCUUGUUGCACUGGCGAUCCGCCAGCCAAUUGGGUGUCUGGGAAUCUUAACACAGUAGCCUAAUUAAAAGCCUUGGAAAUUAAGCCAGAAACAACCUGUACGUUAGGCAUAAGCUGAAUUACUAACGGGGUGUCUCUGGAUCAAUCCCCCCUCAGUUCCUAAUGCUGUUUACCUGUCACAGAUACCUCCCCGUUCCUGGGACUACCGCUGCUAAACCCCGAGGCCUUUUUUUCACUCAGCCCCAGUGUGUUCUGCAGUGUUUUCUCGAAACAUCUUCAUUGCUUUUCCUUGACAGCUGUCAACAAAACCCAAAAAGUUCUCAGUCUUAUGCUUUAUAGGGAGAGUUCAUCCCCCGAUCCUCUGAUAGGAAUCUGACUUUCACUCGCAGGGACUGGACUUGGUCUCUUCACAGACCGGUUUUGAUUGUGAAUGGUUCCUUUUUUCCUCUCGUCCUUUUUAAGUCUUGGCCUGUGCUGUUCAGCAAUAAUAUGGACGGUUCCUUUAUCUGCAAGGCCCAGGUACAUCCAGGUAAUAGGGUUAUUUCAGUCCUUCAUUUGUCUUACUUUGUUCCUGUUGACAUUGGGGAAAAGAUGCUUGAGAGCCUUGGGUUCGUAGGUGUGAAUUCUUUAAUAAUACCUAAAGAGCUAUUCUAAAACACCGGCUUUACAGAAGGGACUAUUGACUUUGGUCUGUUUCUGACACCUUUCUAAAAAAAAGCCAGUCACUCAUGUACACCAAAGAAGAAAAGUUUGCUGAGGCCGCCCUUUAUAAAGCUUUGCAGAACCUCUGGACCACAUUCACAGUUUCCAGGAGAGACUUAGAGACCUUAGGCCAGGAGAAUAACUAGUUUGGCUGCAAAACCUCAACUGGCCAAUUCCAUAUUUGCCCAAAAAAAAGAUAAUGGGUUGGCAAGAGUCGUGUUGCUUUAAUCUGUCAGGCAGACGUUUCCCCCUUUCAGCCUCCUAAGGGCUAGUCUAUUCACUCGUGUGGUGGUGGCUGUUAAAAGUGCCUACAGAGCUAAUAAUGCCAGGUGCUAGAACUGUCUUCGUCGUUAUUAAAAUUGAGAAAAGCAACAACUGUUCAGUUACAUUCACAGUGGCCGGGCGACACACUUAAGUGCCUGCACGAGCCGCCUGCCAAGCCCCACUUCUUACAGCCCCACUUCUUGAGGGCAUCCGCAUGUGGCUUUGUCAACCAAAGAGUCUUCCCUCCUUUCAGUUGCCCUGCUGUCUUUGGAGCCAAGAAACACUCACUCCAUGUGACUUUGUCAAGUACUUCCUGUCUCCAUCCUUCAAAUGGUCGUUUAUAAGAAUAUUGUUUGGAAUUCGGAGUAUUUGUUCCCCCAUUUCAAAAUGUCAUAAAUGGCAGUGAGCUUUUAAGCGCAAACACACUAGUUUAACUUAUAAUGAAAUGUUCCAAUGGUGGAAAUGAACUGCAAUUUAUAACUCUUAUUUUUUAAUACAAGAGAGUGAUUUGUGGAUUCCAAAUUGGGUUGCCAGAAAGAAUCCUGACACUGGUGCUGGCCCUUGGGGUUUCACCCCGACCCUCACUGUCGGCGGAAUGAGAGACUCUAGUUGUGUCCACUGGCAGCGAUUUCUGGGGUGGAGAUGGGGGAAUGCAGCGAUGGGAAGAGAGGCCUGGUGGAGUGAGGGAAACGCGCUAUAGGAAGAGCCUCUGGGCAGCAGUGACAAUUCCCUGCCUUCUGUUUCUCCCCAUCUUCCCCCCCUUUUCCUUCCUGGGGCUGCAGCAGUGCGUUUAGAGUGCCUGGGUGGUCUGGUCACCGUGAGAGGCAGAAGACAAGUUUGUGCUCACAUGAGCCCCGGUAGGGGUGGUCACCUGUAUUUGGAAGAUUUGUUAACUUUUAGCAUCCUGCUCCCAACCUCUAAGCCGCAUUGAGAAAUUACCAGUCUGUAUUUUUAUUAAGCCUGAAAAACUUUUUAUGUGCAUUUGGUGCCAACUUUUUUUCUAGGGCUGUAUCAAAAACAACAAGAAAGCUGUACUCACCUCACAAUGUAAUUUUGAUAGGAAGACUUUGUUACUUUUACAAGGUGGAAUUGGGUAUAACAGUUGAAUAAAACUUAGCAAUCAGGUACUCAGCA